CACUCACAUUCUUCAUUCGAAACUCGCAAUCACAUCGUCAAGCCCGUCUCACGAAACCGCCGCGAUGGGGCCAAUCCUCACCGGGCUCAUCGCCCUCCCGCUCCUCUGGAUCGCGUCUCAAAUAUGGACUCUCUACACAAACUACAGAGCAGCUCUCACCGUAGGCUUGCCAAUCAUAAUAUGUCCUUAUGACCCAGAAAACCUCAUCCACGUCGUCCUCUCCGUUCCCUUCCGCCCUCUGCUCAAACGCCUCCUCCCGCCAACCUUCUUCGCCACAGUAGAACUCACCAUCGUAGGCUGGGAAUUCCGCGAUAAGUCCGCCGUUCACGACCGCGUCGGCCCGGCCUUCAUGCUCGUCACCACGGGUCUCAACCAGCUCAUCUGCGCCGACCCGACCAUGGCGCACGCCAUCCUGAACGGGCGGCGAGAGUUUGUCCAGCCGGACAUCGUGUGCAAGGUCAUGGGCUUCUUGGGUUCUAACAUCUUGACUUCCAACGGCGAAUCUUGGUCCCGUCAAAGACGCGUCGUAGCCCCCGUCUUAAACGAACGCAUCAGCCCAGAAGUCUACAAAGCAACAGCCAAACAAGCAGAAUCCUUCGUCAACGACAUUCUCUCAUCCCCUUCCACCAGCACCUCUAGUCUCAUCACAACAACAGCAACAACAUCAACAACAAUCCAAGGCCUCCGCACAAUCGCAAUCAACGUCCUCACAAAAAUAGCCUACGGCGACAACAAACCCUUCGCCAUCACCCCUCUCCCCGGCGACCCCUCGGCACCAAUGUCCUACGUCGACGCAAUCUCCCUCUGCACGGAACUCCUCGACCUCGCGGCAUUCAUCCCGAUCCGCAUCCUGCGUCUCCCCUUCAUGUCAAGCGUCGUGCAGACACUGGGGGCGGCGUUACAUCGACUGCCUGGUCUGACGGUGGACAUGCUGGAUCGCGAGAGGCAGCGGUUGGCCGAGGUAUCAUCUCUGAAUGGUCCUUUGGACGAGGUGUUGACCACGGCGACGGUGGGAAAGACGGAUACGAUUAUGAGUAUGCUGGUCCGCCUCUCAGACCAGGAAAAGAGCCGCGCCGUUGCCUCGGAUGAGGGGCCUCCCUCGAAAGCUAGCACUAGCAUCAACAACAGCAAUAUCAAUCCCAAAUCAUACCUUACAGAAGAAGAAAUCGCAGGCAACCUCUUCAUCUUCACCGCCGCGGGCUUCGACACCACGGCAAACACCCUAGCAUACGCCGUCACCCUCCUCGCAGCAUAUCCUGAGUGGCAAGCCUGGAUCCAAGCCGAACUCGAUGCCGUUCUGGGCCCUCCCACGCCAUCACCAUCGUCCUCGCCGGAGCAGGAGGAUCGAGAACUACCGGACUACAGUGUCGUCUUCCCGAAACUUACGCGGUGUUUAGCUGUCAUGUUCGAAACCCUCCGCCUCUUUCCGCCCUUGACCCAUCUAAUGCGUUCAAACAUAACAACCCAAAUUCUCCCCAGCCAGAUCCCAACUCCAACGUCACUACAGUCCUCAACAUCAACCUCACCACCAUCCACAACCACCUCCUCAUACACUUUCCCCCCUUGCACAGUCUACAUAAACACAGUAGCCCUCCACACCUCCCCCAAAACCUGGGGUCCCGACGCACUAUCCUUCAACCCAGCCCGAUGGCUCACCAUACCCCAGUCAUCCUCAUCCUCAUCCCCAUCACAGUCCCCUCACAUCCAACCCGCCCGCGGCACAUUCCUCCCCUGGUCCUCCGGGCCCCGCACCUGUCCAGGCCAAAAAAUGGCCCAAGUCGAAUUCGUCACCGUCCUCGCGACCCUCUUCCACAAAUGCACCGUCGAGCCAGCCCCUGGAGUCCAUGAAAGCGGCAAUACUCAGUCAACAACACCCGAAGUGGCAGCACAGGCUACACAGGGACUAUUGGACUUGAUGCAGGAUAGCCAGCCUAGGUUGACCCUACAGAUGAAUCGUCCCAAGGACGUACGCCUGCGGUGGACGCGGCGGUGAUAGUAAUCAGGAGAUAGAGCGUAGAUAUCAACCAGAGUCACGAGAUAGGCGCAGACACGCGUUUCAAGAAAAGGAU